AUGGAAGAAACCUACCUGCUGAAUGUGGAAGGGGUCAGAAAGAAGAUUCUGCAUGGAGGCCAAGGGGAACUGCCGAAGCUGCAGGAUGGGAGCAAGUUCACCUUCCACUUCCAGACGCUGAAGGAUGACUUUGAGCGGACGGUGAUCGAUGACAGCCGGGAAGCCGGCAUGCCCAUGGAGAUCAUCGUGGGCAAGAUGUUCAAGCUGGAGAUCUGGGAGACGCUGCUCAGCUCCAUGAGGAUUGGGGAGGUGGCAGAGUUCUGGUGCGACGCCAUUCACACAGGCAUGUACGCCCUGGUGUCCAGGGGCAUGCGGAGGAUUGCGGAGGGCCGGGACCCCCUGGAAGGGCAGAAGCACCGCUGUGGCAUGGGCAACAUGUUUGACUACCACAGCACGGGCUACGAGGACCUGGACGAGCUGCAGCGGACGCCACAGCCUCUCAUCUUCAUCAUGGAGCUGUUCCGGGUGGAGGACCCCUCAGCAUACAAACGUGACACCUGGGCCAUGAGCAAGGAGGAGAAGCUGGCAGCAGUGCCCGUGCUGCACAGCGAGGGCAACCGCCUGGUGCUGCGCAGGGAGUUCGCACAGGCGGCCGCCAAGUACCAGGAGGCUGUCAUCUGCCUCAGGAACCUCCAGGCCAAGGAGAAGCCGUGGGAGGAUGGCUGGCUGAAGCUGGAGAGCCUGGUCACGCCGCUGGUGCUCAACUACUGCCAGUGCCAGCUGGAGCUCGGCGAGUACUACGAGGUGCUGGAGCACACCACGGAGCUUCUCCAGAAGCACAAUGACAAUGCCAAGGCCUAUUUCAAGCGGGCAAAGGCCCACGCUGCUGUCUGGAAUGAGAGGGAGGCACGGGAGGACUUCCAGCGCGUGGCUCACCUCGACCCCUCCAUGGCGGCCGCGGUGAAGAAGGAGCUGAAGCAGCUGGGGGAGAGGAUGAGGAAGAAGCAUGUGGAGGAUCGGAAGCGCUACCAGGGCCUCUUCCAAUCAUCCCAGGGUGUGAAGGCCCGCCUCUGGGGCCACGACCUCUCCUGCAGAGGGGUCUGGACAGGGAUGAAGGCAGGAGGGGCCCAAAGCUCGCUGCAGGUGGUGCUGGCAGGUCUGUCCAUCCUCAAGGUGUGA